UUGUCAUUGUUUCCUAGAUCAUACAGGGUUAUGGAGAAUUACAUUGCGAUUUUAUUGUAUUAGGUGUCAGAAACAUCAUUGUGGGUAGAAGAUAUGGAAAUACUCUGGCAUUUUUAAAAGAGACUUGAGCAUGUGAGGACUGUGGCAUUCUCUGUGCACUUGGAACAGACCUCCCAUGUAUUUCCUGUGAUGUUUCUGAUUUCCAGACUUGAGAACCUUUAGGGCUUCACUGUAAGUCAGUCCCAUGGGAAUGCAGUAGGUGGGCAGUCGGAGGUGGUGUGCAGAACCUCAGUGAGGGCUUGAAAGACCACAUCCCACACCAGACCAGGAGCAGAGAAGGGAGCCCUCUCCCCAUGUUGUAAGUUUAUCUCUUGUUUUAUAACAAGAUCAUGUCUUGUGAAAUUUUGCACACAUUCUGAAUAAUUCCCAUGCGUUUGGAUGAUCUGGGAAGCAUAGGUUUCAUUGUUUUUUCUCCCAUAUGAUGUGUUACCUGGUGGGAACUUGAACACAUGAUCAGGCCAUGGAGUCUCCUCAUUUGGGAAGGGGCUACUCAAAGAAAUCCUUGUUCCUGUUUUACCUUCUGCCACAGGAGGACACAAGAAGGUUUUCAGAUGGUGAAAAUGAUCUGGUUCCGAACACGGAUGAGCCCUGUGGGAUAGAGACCCUUGAAGGUAACAGAGAGGCAGAGCUCAUGAACCAGCUGGUGCCUGUCUUUUUUGGUAGGAACCCCGACUGGGGCAGCACCUUCAGGUCUAUUUACUCAGGUUUCAUCACCAGCCAGCAGGUGCUGGAGCUGCUCUUCCCAAGUGCCGUGCCCAUCAACCCGGGUACCUGGAUGGAGCAGUACAGCGAGGCUUUCCAUCAGCCUCCAGGCCUCAUGAUUCUCCAGCUGCUGCUGCCUUACCUUCAACUGUACAUGGGUGGCUUGAAUCUGGAGCGCCAAGCACACCACCUGCUGGCACAGCUGGAGGAUGGCAAGUCCAGCGAGGCAGAGCCUGAGUUCCAGGAGGCCCGGGCUACAGACUCACUUCCAAUGCCCACCCCAGGGCUAGAGCCUCAUCAAGGAGCUGCUCUGGUGGCCAGUGAAGGAGCAGCACCAUCGCCAGAGGCAGAGCUUAAGUCCAGUUCCCCCGAGGUCUCUGCUCCGAGCUCCACAGUACCUCUGUACAACCAGCGAGUGGGAGACAGCUGCUCCAUUCAUGUCCAUCUAGAAAAUCAAAGACGAAUGGAGUAUAAGAACAUCGUGGAAAGUUGCCGAGGGCAAGCCACGGCCACCGGCUGUCCCCAAACCAGAGAGGACAGGCGAGCAGGGGCGGCCGGGGCUGUCAGGCCCCCGGCCUGCUCGCCGGGCUUCCCCGCGCUGCCGCAUCAUCUGGGCUAG